ACUGCCCCUUUAAGAGUGACACGGCUGUAGUCUAGAAGGUUCCAGCGUGUACUGCCCCUUUAAGAGUGACACGGCUGUAGCCUAGGCGAUAUUGUGUUGACUUCCGGGUUGUCCGGCGGCAAACAAGAGGGACGCCAGCACGCCCAUGACUGAAAUGACGCCGAGCAAAGCGGAUUAAAGUGCCGCAGAGAUGGCGGGGGAGGCGGAGGGUGAGAUUCCUGAUUCCGGAGCAGUUUUCACAUUUGGCAAGAGUAAAUUUGCUGACAAUAUUCCCAGUAAAUUUUGGUUAAAAAACGAUAUCCCUCACAAAAUAGCAUGCGGGGACGAACACACCGCCCUAAUAACAGAAAAUGGGAAACUCUUCAUGUUCGGCAGCAACAACUGGGGCCAGCUCGGCCUGGGGUCCAAAGUGUCUGUGAACAAGCCCACCUGUGUCAAAGCUCUCAAAUCCCAGAAGGUGCGUCUUGUCGCCUGUGGGAGAAAUCAUUCGCUCAUUUGCACAGCUCAGGGGAUUGUGUACGCCGCGGGCGGCAACAGCGAGGGUCAACUGGGGCUUGGCGACACCGAGGAGAGGACAUCCUUUCAGAGACUGGAGUUCUUCGACUCUUGUGGGCCUAUCAAAAUGCUGGCUGCGGGUUCAAACACGUCGGCGGCGCUAACUGAGAGUGGUGAGCUCUUCAUGUGGGGGGACAACUCAGAAGGUCAAGUGGGCUUAGGGAAGGAGAGCCAUGCCUGCCUGCCACAGGAAGUCAGUGCUGGACAGCCCAUCAAAUGGGUAUCCUGCGGGUAUUACCACUCCGCUUAUGUGACAGAGGAUGGAGCUUUGUACACAUUUGGGGAACGUGACAGCGGUAAACUGGGCCUGGGAACAGACCAGCUGCCCCGGCAUCGAGUCCCUCAGCUGUUGAAGACCAUCCCCGAUCCUGUCACUCAGGUGGCCUGUGGUGGCGGACACACAGUGGCCAUCACAGAGAAUGGCAUUUACACCUUUGGCUCGGGUCAGUUCGGUCAGCUCGGCCACGGGACAUUCAUAUUCGAGUCCCCGCUACCACGCCCAAUAGAGCACUUUAAGAAAGGCAGAGUGUCCCAAGUGGCGUGCGGAGAAAACCACACAGCUGUCAUCACAGACAGCGGUCUGCUCUACACAUUUGGCGACGGUAGACAUGGAAAACUGGGUCUGGGAGAAGAAAACUUCACAAACCAGUUCAAGCCGACUCUCUGUCCACGCUUCCUCAAGUGCCACGUCCAGGAAGCUGUUUGCGGUGGCUGUCAUAUGGUGGUGCUGGCUCGACCCAGGGAUGCGAGCCACAGCAACGUCUUGCUGGAAGACAACGAUGUGGCAGAGGAUUACCUGGAGAGGCCAUAUGUGGAGCUACUGGGAGACACGACAGACACCUCCACCUUGCAACGGAGCGCCCCGGCCCGGGUCCGCCGGAGGGAGAGGGAACAAUCACCGGACCAGUUUGGAACCAUGUUCAGUACGCUAAACGCUAUGACAUCAGGCUACUUGCAACCACCGCUUCCUGUCUCCGGCGACGCCAUCUCACCCAGCCCGCCUUCAUCAGAGCUGGCCCGCAGAAAGGUGCUCCAUAGCGCUCAUCAACACGGAAACGCUGGGUCGAUCGGCAAGGAACUGGCUAGCGGCAAGUCUGACAACCUUGUGGAGAGCCUGAGUGACACAGACAGUGUGAAAGGUUUGGGAGAAACCACCAACUUUCUUAACAUGACGCAUGUGAUGAAGAUGGACCCUGGAAAUAAAACCCUUAUACUUUCUCCAGUUCACAAGAAGAAGGGUAAGGAUGGUAAGACUUUAACCAGUCAGAAAGAGAAACCAUUAAAAGAUAGAAAGGCACCCGCCAAGCUUCUGAGGAGCCCAAGCAGUCACUCCCAGCAGAUGAUGACGACCAAGCGGAACAAAGAGAAUCAUAUCACAGCCUCUGAGAAGCCCAGGGACAUCAGCAAGACACCAUCCAGACAGCAGCUCCAGGCAGGGGCCUUCAGGAGUCGGCAAAUUGAUGCUGACAGGAAACUGGAACCGGACUGUAAAGCAAGUUCUGGAAAACGUAUGCGAGGUCAAAGCAAACCGACCACAGUCACGAGUCAGUCACCAGCCUUCACUUUAGAAGAUGCACUUGGAAGGAGUCCUCAGGUUAAUAACUCAAAAUCCAAUACUAUUUCCUCCAAUGAUGCCAAAGCAUCAAAGAAGGAGAAAAACAAAAAAGAAGCCAAGUCCAAUAACUGUGAGGACGCACAAAGUUUGCACCUACUUGCUGGAGCUGCUUCGUUAGUCCAGGGGGUGGCGGCAUUCAGCUCACCGAGCAGCCACCAAGGAACCACAGACAGAGUCAUCCCAUCAGCCAGCAGUACGUCUAACCAAAGCCUCAGCAGCAGUCCUGCCACGGAAAGUCAAAGAGGAAGACAACAAAUGAAGGACUCUGUUACCCAGAAUCAGGAGGAGGAAGACCCACAUGGGCAGACAAGUACAGAUGCAAGCGAGGAAGAGGAAGACCAGAAAGCGAAGGGAUCAAGUGCGGAAACAAGCAAGGAAGAAGAAGAAGAACAGAAAGGGAAGGGAUCAAGUGUGGAUACAAGCGAGGAAGAAGAAGAACAGAAAGGGAAGGGAUCAAGUGCGGAUACAAGCGAGGAAGAAGAAGAAGAACAGAAAGGGAAGGGAUCAAGUGCGGAAACAAGUGAGGAAGAAGAACAGAAAGGGAAGGGAUCAAGUGCGGAAACAAGUGAGGAAGAAAAACAGAAAGGGAAGGGAUCAAGUGCGGAAACAAGUGAGGAAGAAGAACAGAAAGGGAAGGGAUCAAGUGCGGAUACAAGUGAGGAAGAAGAACAGAAAGGGAAGGGAUCAAGUGCGGAUACAAGCGAGGAAGAAGAACAGAAAGGGAAGGGAUCAACUACAGAUGCAAGUGAGAAAGAGGAAGACCAGGACGAGAAGGAGUCAUGUGCUAAUGCAAGUGAAGACGAGGAGGAGGAGGUCCGUCAGAUGAAAGUGACAGAUGAAGAUGACAGCGGCACUCUUCAGCCAGAUGAAAAGUCAGGAAGUGAUGACGAGGAAGAAGGUGAAAGUGCUCAAGAAGAAGAAGAAGAAGAGGAGGAUGAAACAUCUGUAAGGGAAAGUGAGAAUGAGAAGAAAGAUAGCCAAGGGGGGACUAUCACAGAAGAGACUGGGGAAGAUGAGGGAGAGUCCAGCCAUGAAUCAGAAGGUGAAGAGGAAGAGUCUGAAAUUGAUGGAAGUGAGGAAGAAAAGGACAGCAAAGAAGAAGAUUCUGCGUCUUCGGCGGGCAGUGUUGAAGAGGAGGAAGAGGAGGAAUGUACUGAGGAAGCAGAAAGCAAAAAUGAAACUGAAGAAGAAGAGGAAGAGGAGGAGACAGAAAAAGAAGAGCAGAGCGAGGAGGAAGAAAGUGAAGAAGAGGAGAGAGAAGAGGAAGACGACGAAGAAGAGGAAGACGAAGAAGAGGAAGACGAAGAAGAGGAAGACGACGAAGAAGAAGAGGAAGAGGACGAAGAAGAAGAAGAGGACGAAGAAGAAGAAGAGGACGAAAAAGAAGAAGGUGAAGAAGAAGAAAAUAAUGAGGAAGAGAGCAACGAAGAGCAAGAAAGUGAGCAAGAUGAAGAAGAUGAAGAAGAAGAUGAUGAAGAAGAAGAAGAAGAAGAAGAGGUUGUCAAAAAGAAAAAGUCUGCUGAUGUCAGAAGUGUAAACAAAGCAAGGAGACCAAAGUCAGGGGUCAAAGGUCAUGGAGGUGAAGAGUUCUGGGAUGAUGUUCUACCUCAGUACCUCAACCUGAAAUAAGUACUCCUUCUUUUUGAGUGUACUCAGACACUGUACACACAGUACUAAUGUACAUGAUAUAUGGAGUACUCAGACAUUGUACACACAGUACUAAUGUACAUGAUAUAUGGAGUACUCAGACAUUGUACACACAGUACUAAUGUACAUGAUAUAUGGAGUACUCAGACAUUGUACACACAGUACUAAUGUACAUGAUAUAUGGAGUAUUCAGACAUUGUACACACAGUACUAAUGUACAUGAUAUAUGGAGUACUCAGACAUUGUACACACAGUACUAAUGUACAUGAUAUAUGGAGUACUCAGACACUGUACACACAGUACUAAUGUACAUGAUGUAUGGCGUAUUCAGACAUUGUACACACAGUACUAAUGUACAUGAUAAAUGGAGUACUCAGACAUUGUACACACAGUACUAAUGUACAUGAUAUAUGGAGUACUCAGACAUUGUACACACAGUACUAAUGUACAUGAUAUAUGGAGUACUCAGACAUUGUACACACA